GUUAAAGAGCCAUUGGUGGUACAAAAAAAAAAAAACAAUUGCAGUUGGUAGAAAUAAAUCGGCAUACAAAUUUAUCAUCGUGGCGAACGGUUUCUCCCAUAAAGCAUUAUGAAUGUCAGUUUUGACCAAAACAGGCCAAGUCAAGUCUAUCUAACCUUUUUUCACAUCCACUUUCAAUCUUGAGGCAACAUGCUGCAAGGUGUAGUGGAGCAACAGUAAAACGCGCUUCUCACAGUGUCAAGGGCGUUCGUAGAUUUGCUCAAGAGAUUUUCCACACAUUUUAAACAAUAACAGACCACAUGAGGACUGACUGACCAUACAGACAGCAGCGAUUUGCAACAAAAUGAGUUCUCUGUAUUGUCUAAAACACGUGAAGUACAAAGAUGUCACCAUCGAGCUGUUUGCUGUUGAGUCACUAAAGACUGAAAAAGCAACAUGAUUUUUCUUCACUAAUUUCAUCUUGAGCCCAAUCUUUCACAAAUUCAGAAUUCACAAAUGAAUCCCGGCUCUGCGUUAACUAUGAAUUGAUGUUAAAAAGGAAAAAAAAAAAUCCUACACAAAGAGACCAGAGAAACAUGACGACUACUUUAUUGUGGUAGCCAGUUGUUUAGACACAAACGUGAAACUUAACACCGCUUCUGUAUGAAAUAAUCAUGCAAAAGCAUUCAUUGCCAUCCUUGAGCCCGCCACCUGAAGCGUCGAUGCCUUCCCCAUCCAAGAAGGCACUUUCCCACUGACACCUCCUUCCCCAGCCCCUCCCUUUGCCCACAACUUCUCUCCAUCCUCCCAGCCUCCCCGCCUCCCUCCUUAUUCCCAUCAUCUGCACAGCGAGCACUUCUGGCUCACAUCGCUGCGAGCUAACGGGGCUGCGUCUGCUCCCUCAACGGCAGCGAGUAGGAAGCGGGCGUUGUUUUGGAAGCCACCGCAGCCGCCAUGGAGGAUACGCUCACCUGCUGCAGCCAGGACGCCACCUUCUCUCAGGUGUUCGGGCGCCAGGGACAGCUGAUGCAAGCCACCGUCCAGUCGCUCAACAGCCUCAACGACCAGAUCGCUCGGUUCAUGUUGAGCCGGCCGUGGAGCCUGAGUGAUGACGAGCAUCACUUCCUAACCAGAGAGCAGGACGGGGACCCCUUUACCAAAUCCAUGACCCUCAUGAGACACCUGCUCAUGGAUGCGCAGGGGAAAAUCCUCAAAAUGAUGGAGGACAACAAGCAGCUGGCCCGUCACAUCGACGGGGCCAUCCGCUCGGCCGGCCAGGAAGUCGGCAACCUGCGUUCGGAGCUGACGGCCACCAACUGCAGGCUGGCCGGCCUGGGAGCCGGCGGCACGGCCCCCUUGGAGAACCACCACCUCCACCACCACCGACAGCACAAGCACCACGCCGACGGCCUCCGCUACCGGGAUCCAGCAGUGCAUCACCGGCAGAAGACGCUGGUAACUGACAUGUGCUACCCGACAGAGAUUUCCAGCCUGAUGGACUUCGGCUCUCCCGACUGCUCGUUGGGCAAAGUGUUGUUGCACGAAGAGGUGGCCCAGCUUCAGGAGGAGGUGCACCUCCUGCGGCAAAUGAAGGACAUGCUGGGCAAAGACCUGCAGGAGGAGUCACAGACAGGAGGAACCGCAGGUCUGCUCUCCGCAGCCGAGCUCCACGUACAGCUGGGUGACAAGGAGCAGGAGCUGGACCGCGCAAAGGAGGCCUUACAAGCCAUGAAAGCUGACCGUAAACGUCUAAAAGGGGAGAAGGGCGACUUGGUGAGUCAGAUGCAGCAGCUAUACACGACACUGGAGAGCCGAGAGGACCAGCUCCGAGAAUUCAUACGCAACUACGAUCAGCACAGAAAGGAGAGCGAGGAUGCAGUGAAGUUGCUGGCCAAGGAGAAGGACGUGCUGGAGAGAGAGAAGUGGGACCUGAGGCGACAGACCAAAGAGGCCACGGAGCAGGCCAACAUCCUGCGCUCUCAGCUGGACAUGAAGGAGAACAGGAUCAAGGAGCUGGAGGCUGAGCUCACCAUGGCCAAGCAGUCUCUCGCCACGCUGACGAAAGACGUUCCAAAGCGCCACUCGUUAGCCUCCACCACCAACGCCGGCGCCACCGAGCCCGUGGUCAACGGCAGUCAGGAGUGGGUGAUGCAUGCCGACCUGCCGCUGACCGCCGCCAUCCGGCAAAGCCAGCAGACCCUCUACCACGGACAGAACGCCGACAGACAAGCUGUGGUCAGGAUCAGCCCCUGCCACUCGCGCCAGCCGUCUGUUAUCUCUGACGCCUCGGCCGCCGACGGGGACCGCUCGUCCACGCCCAGCGACAUCAACUCCCCCCGUCAUCGGACACACUCCCUCUGCAAUUCCAUGGAGGACCUGGAGGAGCAGAAGCGUAAGAAGAAGAAGGAGAAGAUGACGCUAGGCUCCCUUUCGCGCGUCUUUGCCCGAGGAAAACAGCGCAAGUCCCUGGACCCGGGCCUGUUUGAUGACUACAACAGUCUCGUGUCCGACGGCGAAGAGCAACUGGAUCGCCUCCAGCAGGCAACGCUCACCCGGACCACAUGCAUGUCUCUGUGGAAGGCGGGUGCUGUCCAAGCCUGGCUGGAGGUGGUCAUGGGAAUACCUUCGUCCACGCGGGCCUCUUGUGAACAUGUCAAGAGUGGCAAGGUUCUUCUUGGUCUGACUGAUGAGGAUUUAGAGGUGGGACUUGGCAUUAGCAACCCGAUCCAUCGCAGGAAACUAAGACUGGCCAUCGAGGACUACAGGAGAGCUGAAGGGGACCAAGGUUUAUCCGAAGCAUCUGACAUGGACCAUCACUGGGUGGCGACAUCGUGGCUGAGCGACGUAGGCCUGCCGCAGUAUUCGCAAACUUUCCACGCUCACUUGGUGGAUGGCCGGGUACUAAGUUCUCUGGGCCGUAGAGACCUGCAAAGAUACCUCAACGUGGACGACCAUUCUCAUCAGACCAGUCUGCUGCUUUCGGUGCAGCUCCUGCAAAUGCUGGGCUUCCACAAGGAGGCCCUGCAGGCAAGAAGGGCAAAAUGUCAGCAGCAAGACCGGGACCCCAUUGUUUGGACCUGUCACAGAGUCAUGAAGUGGGUCACGGACAUUGAUCUUAAGGAGUUUGCUGCCAAUCUUCAGGGUAAAGGCGUCAACGGUGCCGUGCUGGUUUUGGAUCCGGCUUUUGACGCCGACGCCAUGGCGAGAGCGUUGGAGAUCCCCGUUGACAAACAUGAGCUCCAUCGGCAUCUCCGCCAAGAGAUGAAAGCGCUCGCCACCGCUAGCAGCAACGAGGAGCAGGAAGGCAAGGUGGACGUUUCGUCUACGCCGGUGGCUGUCAACCGCUUUGCUGAGGGAAGGGUGCCGAUGAGGAGAUCCAGCAAGAGUCCGCUGAGGGUUCGCGCACAGAGCCGCUCAACAGAAGCGGGUCUUGGGCCGGGACCUCGGACCUCGCGCAGCCUCGUGUAUGGUUACAAGAGCGUCGAGAUCACCAAUGUGUGAUGGAACAGUUUAGGACACUUAAAACAGCACUUCACUGGAUUGUUAGUUGAUCUGCAACAACUUUCUCUCAUCACUGGGCAUCGAAUGGAAAACUGACUUGUCAUUGUCUUGUUUGUGAUAACCCAGCCAUCAAGACUGAAAUUGAACAAUCAAGUAAAACUUUUAGCAGCCUAUUUCUGAUUUUUGCCGCAUUGCUAUGUGACAACAGAGCUAGUUUACAUAACCACCUCAUCUGCGUUUCUUUGCUGACCACCUAGGCUGGGAAAAGAUCCUGAGCCACUUUCAAGCCAUUUCACUAUUUGAAACGCAUGCCCCUGCUAUUAUGUCCCAUUGCAUGAGACAGGACCGCUCUCUCAAAAUUGGCUGAUUUUAGCAAGACACGAAAAUGCAUAAUAUUCCUCUAAUUGUAAGAAUAACCAGUGAGAAUAAAAUGACUAAUGUACAGAUAAUGUAAAAAUCAAUACAGAUGACCGUAAAGACUGUAUAUUUCUUGACAUUUUGAAGAAAUCACACUAAUGACAAGACUAUUUCAUCAAUAAAUUCAGGGUUGACCCACUGUUGCCUUAUCUCAUACUGGUUCCUGAUAUUUAUUCCUGAUUAAACAUGUUUGUUGUGUUAUGUCAUUUCCUUUUUUUCAACUUUUGUAGAGAAUUGAAAAACUUAAAAAUAAAGAAAAUCUUACAAGGUGCUUAAAAAUCAUCAGUCAUUUGUAUUAUAUUCUUUAUAAAUGUUUUAUUGUAUACCUUUUUUUCAUUCGAUUUAAUAAUAGCAAAGUUUGGACAUGUUUUUAUUAAAUGAAGUGUGCUCAAACAUUUGGCUGCUUCUGUAGUUCUCGUCUUUGCCUACCAUGCAUGUUAGUUUCAUUGAAAACAAUAAAUGUGCAACACGUAUUGUUUUGAUUCACUGCUGACCAAUCUAGGGUUUUUCGUCCUGCUUCCCACACCAAAUUCUGCUUGGACAGAUGUUGAACACCUACCAUGAAGGUUCUGCACAAUAACAAAUUAAAACUAAAAUAAAAGCUAAUUUUGUACCAUCAGUGUGAUUUGUUGUAUGUCUACUGUAUAUAAAUUGAGUACUCUGGAGUGUUUUCUCCAUGCCUUGCCAAAAGUCUGUUGGAAAAUUGCAUUGAACAUCAUAGAGGUCAAUUGAAUAAAAUUAACUACCACA